AUGUCUUUAAUUGAACGUUUCAAGAGUGCCAACCAAGGACAUCUCUUCAAGUUCUUUGAUUCUCUUACGGAGGAACGCCAAAAAAAAUUUUUAAAUCAACUUUCGGCAAUCGAAGAUCCUCUGAAGCUAGUUGAAACUGUCCAAAAAGCUAUCAAGUUUUCACCUGGUUGCUCUCUGGCAAGAGCGGUUACUCAGCUUCCUGAUACUGCAACGGCAUCUACUCUCGAUUUUGAUAAUAAAACAAAAAAAGAAUGGAAUGAUAUAGGGUUGAAGGCAAUUUCAAACAAUGAAGUUGGCAUCUUGUUGAUGGCGGGAGGACAAGGCACGAGAUUAGGGUCUUCAGAUCCAAAAGGUUGCUACAAUGUUGGUCUUCCAUCUAACAAAUCGUUGUUCCAAAUCCAGGCUGAAAAGAUCUUAAAAAUUCAGCAGUUGGCUAAGGUUAAGUUUCCAUCUAGUUCGCCCCAUCUCCAAUGGUACAUAAUGACCAGUGGUCCAACAAGACAUCCAACUGAAAAAUUUUUCGGCGAACACAAUUACUUUGGUUUGAAGAAAGAUCAGGUUGUCUUUUUCGAUCAAGGAACACUUCCGUGUUUUACCCUUGAUGGAUCCAAGAUGUUGUUACAGGCUGAAGAUAAGAUAUGCGUAUCUCCGGAUGGAAAUGGAGGCUUAUACAAGGCAAUGUCCAAAAAUGGAAUCUUAGAAGAUAUAGAAAAAAGAGGCAUCAAGCACAUUCAUAUGUAUUGUGUUGAUAACUCCUUAGUCAAAGUUGCUGAUCCCAUAUUUUUGGGUUUUGCCAUCUCUAAAGAUCUCGAAUUGGGAACUAAAGUCGUCAGGAAAAGAGAUGCGAGCGAAAAGGUCGGAUUGAUUGUCCUAGAUAAAGAUAAGGAGAGACCAUGUGUCAUUGAGUAUAGUGAGAUAUCCAGCGAACUUAGUAAUGAAAUGGAUCCUAAUGAACCUUCAAAAUUAUUUUUGCGAGCUGCUAAUAUAGUAAACCAUUACUAUUCGGUCGAUUUAUUGAAGAGGUAUAUUCCAAAAUGGAUUUCUUCUCAGGACUAUUUGCCAUUUCAUAUUGCAAAAAAGAAAAUUUUAACUAUUGAUUGCUCUGGAAAACCCUAUAAACCUGAAGAACCUAAUGGCAUUAAAUUGGAACAGUUUAUUUUUGAUGUCUUUCCAUCAAUAGAGCUUCUGAAGUUUGGCUGUCUCGAGGUAGACAGGGCAGAAGAAUUUUCUCCACUUAAGAAUUCUGAUGCAGCAUUGAAUGAUACACCAUCUACUUGCAGAAAACACUAUCUUGGCUUAGGAACUAAAUGGGUGAAAGAAAAUGGAGGCAUUGUUGAAGAGGGUGGUCUUGUGGAGGUUAGUUCUUUAUCAAGUUAUGCUGGUGAGGGACUAGCAUUUGUCAAAGGAAAGCAUUAUAAAAAUGGAGAUCAAGUUUGA